AUGACCGUCCCGGCCCAGACCAUUACAGAGACGCCAGAGGUCCUAAAGGUGUCUGUUCAUCCAAAACUCCCGGAAUUGCCUGAGAGAUUUGCUCUGCUUAAAAGAGAUAUCAUCAAGCCGGAGCAUGAAGAAAAAGUUAAGGCCAGUUAUAAGAGACUGCUGGUAGCCCUUGAGGCCAAGACUGAGGAGAUUGCGCAGGCCGGUAGCUCCUACGUUCCUGAGGUCAAGUGGUCAGAUAUCAAGGCCAACAACAAUGUCAUUCCGGAUGAAACUAUUGAGCUAUUCAAGGAGCGUGGUUGUAUCAUUGUCAGAGGAGUUAUUCCGGAGUCGGUCGCUGAGAAAUGGUUUGAGAAUUUGCAAGAUUUCGUGACCAAACACCCGGAGGUUGGUGGCUAUCCUCAACCAUACCCAGCAAAUUGGUUUGCCUACUGGACUGAAGGGCAAGUCCAGGCCAGAUCCCACCCUGAAAUCAUGAAGUUGAUGAAGGUGAUGGGCCAAGUUUGGCACGCUGGUCCCGACACUCUCAUCGAUACCGAUUCCCAAGUUGUUUAUGCAGACCGUUUCAGAAUCCGUUAUCCUGGAAAACAGGUUUCGCUGAUGCUUCACCUGGACUCUGGUGCUAUUGAAAGAUGGGAAGAUGAUCAAUACAGAUCUGUUUAUCAAAAGAUCUUUGAGGGUGAUUGGGAAGAGUUUGAUCCUUUCUCUCUGGAUGCCAGACCAAAUGCCAAAUCUGAUCUCUACUCUGGGCUAGCAGGUAGACCAAGUGCCUGUUCAGCAUUCCGUUCCCUCCAGGGUUGGCUAUCUUUGAGUGACACCAAGAAAGGUGAAGGUACUGUCAGAUUCCUGCCUGAUCUAAAAUUGGCUAUGGCUUAUAUGAUGCUGAGACCAUUCUUUUGGAAGGACGAUGAGAAUCUGGAUUUCGAAACCUCCAAAUUUCCUGGUGCAGUUCCUGGAAGUGGACAGUACUUUCCAAAUGCUAAAUGGUAUCCACAUCUCAAUCAUGAAAAAUCUGUUGUGGGUAUUACGGAUGUCCGUCCUGGUGACUAUGUGUUCUGGCACUGUGAUCUUGCGCACGAGGUAGACAAGCUCCAUCCUGGAACGAAGCACUCGUCUGUUUUCUUCAACCCACAAGUUCCCCUGUGUCCAUACAACAUUGAGAACAUGAUCAAGGUGAGAAGUGCUUUUGAGAUGGUCAUGCCCCCAGCAGACUUCUUGCCUGAUCUUGAAAAAAGGAAGAUGGAGAAACACUAUGAGAGCGAGUACCCAGACCAUGGUGCUAGGCUAGAGAAUAUACUAACGGAUGAUGGUAUGAGAGCCAUGGGCUUGAAAGCCUUUGAUAUUGACGAACCUGGUUUGACUCCUGGACAGAAAGAAGUGAGAAAAAUGGCAAAUGAAGCUAUUCUGGAGUCGUUUGGCUCAUUCAAAGCUUGA